UCUGUUUACUUCUUUCCCCCCUCUGCUUGACCACGGUGGCUCGUCUCUCCGCAACCAGAGAAAACGAUAAAUAUAGCCACCGUCGCUUGCCUCGAUUCCAUCUCGUCGCCGAUCCUUCGUCGGAUCCUUCAUCCCUCGGCUUCUGAUUUAGGCGUCGGAGCCGGCGACUGGAUGCGGAAUCGGGGACUCUAGGGCUGGUUUUGGUCUCUGUUUUUUUUCCCUGUGGAAUUGGGUGAACAUGCGAUCGGUUUUUCCGAGAUCUGUCUCUGAGAAGGCGUUGAAGAAUGAGGGUGGUGAGGAGGGCGGCAGCACGCACCUCUACUUGAAUGUUUAUGAUUUGACGCCGGCGAACAACUACCUCUACUGGUUUGGGAUCGGUGUCUUCCAUUCUGGGAUCGAAGUUCAUGGGAUGGAGUAUGGUUUUGGAGCACAUGAGUAUCCAACUAGUGGAGUAUUUGAGGUGGAACCGAAAAACUGUCCUGGGUUUAUGUUCAGACGUUCUGUGUGGCUAGGCACUACAACUAUGUCUCGUGCGGAAGUCCGCAUGUUAAUUGAAGAUCUUGCUGGAAAAUAUCAUGGUGACACCUAUCAUUUGAUCAUCAAAAACUGCAAUCAUUUCACUGAUGAAGUAUGUAUGCGUCUGGCUGGGAAGCCUAUCCCUGGAUGGGUGAAUAGACUUGCCAGACUGGGAUCAUACUGCAAUUGUAUUCUCCCAGAAGACAUUACAACUGUUGGACCUUCUCAAUCUGUUUAUCCUGAAUCACAUGGUUCUGUGUCCAGAGAUUCGACCGAUGAAGAAGAUUCAAAUCAUCACCUUCUCAGUAAACCAAGUGGCGAAAUUGUGAAUCCAAAUGAUAAGUCAUCCAAGAAUGCUAGAGAUGUGAAGUGAUUUUUCUUUUUUCGUUUUUCUUUUUCUUUUCAUUUUAUUUUGGUUCACCUAUUUGUAUUCCUCUCUGAUUAUGAUUUAACCACCAAUUUGCCCUGUAAAAUACGCUCCCAAGCAAUCGGUUAGGAUGCCAACUAUAUUGUGUAAUUGGUAGCGUGUUGUCUUCUCAGUAUCAACAUGGAAUAUGAAAGUAAAAUGCAAGAUUUAUCCAUGUCAAUCAAGAUGUGUUUUUGUGU